UGCCUACAUGGUCCGAUGAUCUGCUGCCUUCUAUCGUAGGCUUGCUAUAACUUACUCAUACAUCCACCACACUGACCUCAGAGAUGGCCGACCCCAUAGCUAUUGUUGGUCUGCUCGUAACGGUCGGCCAGAUCUUAUCUGCUCUCCAUGAAUACGGCAAAUCUGUCAGUCAGGCACGAAAUGACAUUGCGGACCUUUCGACCAAGUUGCUGGUACUCCAGGGUGUCCUGAAGCAAGUUGAGAAGCGAGACUUAACAAAGAGUUCAAUUGUGUCCGCUCAUGCCGAAGGUGAUCCUCGGCGUGUACUGGAGUCAGCUGCACAAUCUCUUAAUCUUCUAGUGCGCAAACUCGACGUGCCAACCUCUGGCUUCAAGCGUCUUGUUCAGUACACGAAAUGGCCAUUGGACAAAAAGGAUGUUGCGGAGCAGAUGACACGCUUCGAGAGACUGAAGUCACUGCUAAUUCUAUCCUUUCUCACGGAGGCGUCGGACGACAUCUUAGCUGCUGUGCACUCGCUAGAGUCCUCUCUCCAGCAAGACUUGAACCGAAUCGAUAGCAUCGUUGCACAUCGGAUGGAUUCAGAUUUCGUGAAUUGGCUGGCGCCGCUAUCACCUGAACCACGCCAUCUUCGCUUUUGUGCCGAACGAGAGCCUGAGACGAGAAAAUGGUUUCUUGACGGACCCUACCGUAGCUGGUUGGCCAGUUCAGAGCAGAACACAAUGUGUUUGACCGGCAAGUCCGGAACCGGGAAGACAACAUUGUUUUCUUUCGCCGUCGAUACCUUGGCAAAAGAAUGUCAAAUCGAACAAACUUGGAUCUCUGCGUACUGGUACUGCAGCUUCACUGAAGUUGCGAGCCAACGGCCUUCCAACAUUCUAGGAUCUUUCAUGUGCCAAUUUACACAACAUGAUCCUGAAUUUCUGUCCGACGCUCGAUCUGUAUACGAAAGUUCUCGGUACAGCUCGCACAGAACACCGAUGUCGCUUGAACAAAUGGAAGAUUCUAUAUGCAAGUAUUUGCCGAAGUACAAUCGUGUUUUUCUACUCAUUGACGCUGUCAACGAAAGUCAAGAGAAAGACGGCCUCUUGAGGGCGCUAUUCAGGCUGAUGCAAAGGUGCAAAAAUCUUCGAAUUCUGACGUCGACAAUCGGAGACGCCCCUCGAGAUGAGGGGGCAACUCAUCCCUUGACUAUCAUCAGAUUCGAACCUAAAGGUAGUCGAAAUGACAUCGCAGCUAUGAUUGAGAACGCGCUUGUCUCUCGACCUGGAUUGCAAGGUUUGAGCGAGAAGUUAAAACAGGAAAUCCGAGACACAUUCUUCGAACAAGCAGAUGGCUCGUUUCGAUGGGCAUACUUGUCGCUUGACAAUCUUGCGCGCAAAAACACACCACGACAAGUGCGAGCAGCUCUCCAAGGUCUACCUGCAUCACUUGGAGACAUUUACGCAGACAUCCUGGGUCGCAUUCCCGAAGAAACUAGAGAACUCGCCCAGAAAGCCCUGCUUUGGCUUAUUUUUGCCAGGAGACCUCUGACACUGGCCGAGUUGAACGAAGCUAUCAUCAUGGAAGACGGCCAGACCGAUAUCGACGAAGACGAUCGGAUCUGUCGAGAGACGGCAGUUCUGGAGACAUGUCAUGGCUUGCUUGAUUGUUAUAAUGGUGUCGUCAGCCUCUCACAUUCCUCCGUGGAGACAUACCUCACCAAAACGAACACCAUGCCUAUAGAAGCAGCCACUUUCGGUCUCGAAGUCGAAGAUGGUGACCGAAUCCUGAUGAGAGUAUGUCUGCAGUAUUUGUCUAUGGCGCCUUUUGCUUCUGGACAUCGACGAGACGACAAGGAACUUCUCGAAACACUCAAGCAAUACCCUCUGCUGGAUUAUGCGGCCCAGACCUGGGCUGUCCACGCUCGUGAGUGCGAGCUCCAGCAAAGCGACAGGGAUGCAAUCAUGAGAUUCCUCCAGACGACCCAUCAACCCCGAGGUGGCAAUCACGGUCUAUGGGUACACGUACUUUCACCUGCCACAGACCCCUGGGAUUUAGAAAUUCUUUCUACUACCCAUCCUCUCUAUUACGCCGCAUCUUUCGGUCUAUAUCAGAUCGUCCAGACUAUCCUGCAAGAAGACCCUGACGUGGAUAUCAAUGCGCAAGGCGGUCGCUAUGGGUCUCGACCUUUGUUCGUUGCGUGUUGGCGCGAGCAUUACGAUAUCGCUCAUUUGCUUCUCGACGCAGGCGCUGAUGUCACGCUCGAAGACGAAGCCUCGGGAUUUACAGCUCUGAGCUUGGUGUCUCAAUGGGGAAAGGACAGCAGCGAGACGCGAAAAUUGAUUGCACAUAUGCUGACAGCCACGGCGACUAUCGGGGGUGCGGAGCAAGUCCAUCCUCUGGAAGACAAUGGCUCUUCCGAACACGCACGUGUGGAUAGCAAGUCUGCUGUUACGCUCAAAUUCCAAUCAGGAAGUGCCAGGUCGUGAUGGAGUCGCGAUACACAACGGCUUCCGUGGUGGCUCGAGGUUAGGGAGAGAGAAAUUCCAUCAGAACUCAGUGUUCACUCCAGGCUCUCGAGCACAAAACGACCGCCAGAUACUCUGUAAAAGGCAACACGUUUUUGGUGUUGACAUAAAUGUCAGGAGAGAGCACGUAGCAGGCUCUCGAGCCACGUAAGACAUUACGAGGGAAAGAAAAAGGGGCAAUUUCAUUAUAAUUCCUAUACAGUUUCCUUUCCAUUCAUUUGAGAGCAGGUAGC